AAACCUAUAGUGAGGAGUCCAUUUCCAAAGCAGGUCAGAGAUCGGUCACCUAUCAUUGGCCUUACCGCCGACUGUGUCCUCAGGACUUGUUUCCGAAUUGGAGAGGCCAUUAACGCUGGGCGAAGCGCUACUAGGAGUGGCCGAAAUGUCAUGAUCGAACUUUAUGCAAGAGUCCUGAAGUCGGAGCGAAACAACGCUGUUCAACAUUUCAUCUUUGGUGACUUAUUUCAUCCGAACAAACCAUAUAUCGAAGCCGAUUACAGUGCAGCAAUCUGGCAGUCCGUCCCACUCCAUGAGCUGGACAGCCGUGUUUUCCUAGGGGAGGGCAAUAGAAUGUGCCGAUGCAUCUUAGUAUUUAAAAGCAACGGGAAAGAGUGUGUACCAACAAUUCUCAACAUCUGGGCAGCGAAAAACGAGGAUGUCGUGUGGGUGGAGGGAAUU